AAAUCACACGGGGAAAGCUCGGAACGUCGGGAGCUAGCAGAGGGACUCUGGGGAACCGUGGCCUGGGAACUGGACGGCGGCGUGGGGCUGGAUCCGUGAGUAGGCCAGGAAGAAUGGGUGGUGGAGGCACCAAAUGCCCACAGGAGGAAAUCCAAUAGGAGAGGGUGAGGCCUCACGUGAUCGGAAGUGGGUGCGACAAAUUAUCAACCGGAAGAUGAGCCAGUGGAUCAUUUCCGGAAGAUCCCCCUUGGGGUGGGUGGGGGCAGUACGGCUCACUGCUGCGGCACGGGUGCUGUUUCUGGCGUCCAGGCGCCAGCGGGAGAACUGCCAGUGCCGUGCCGGAGCCGGCACGACUCGGGAGAUCCUCCGAAGCGGGGGUUACCGCUUGAGGACGGUUUUUCCUGGCCUCGUAUGUGACUUUGUGGCACUGGGAUGUUUUCCCGGCGACGUUGGGCGAGGCGGGGGAAUAUGACCGGGGAAUUGGGGCGCGGGGGCCCGCGGGGUUGGAGGCGGAACCGUUGCCGGAUUGGGCUCGGGAAAACUGGGAUUGCGCCGUCGGAAAAAUAGUUUUGCGGGUGUGGGGGUGUCACGUGGAAACAACUGGUAUCGCCGAUCCAACAU